AUGCAAGCUCAGAUCAAUCAGAUGCAGGCUUGGUUUGCCCUAAAUGAAAAACAGACGGGACGGCCGGCGCGGCGGGCUGCAACAGAGGGUGGAAACGAAUAUUUUCCACCAGAUAUUCACACCGUGACGCAUACUGCCAAGAUGGACGGGCAUACAGAACAACCGUUUGCUGGAUUGGGGGCUCAACCCCAGGUGGGGUUGCGAGGAAUUCAAGAGCUGAGAAAUAAGUUCGUAGAAAAGGGUUUCCGACAUGAAGAAAAUAUCCGGACCUUUGAGGGCGCCCUGGAGUCUGUAUUGGAGACCUCCCCAGAACAGCCACUGGCGGUGUAUCGUGGUCUUUUUCCUUGCCCGCGAAACCUGAAUUUGACCUAG